UUAUUUCAUAAUUCAUAUAUUACGUGCCCUCUUCACUUCACUUGAGGUGUGCCCAUAAUUUCUAAGGCUGAGAAGUGAGUGAGGAUAGCCCCAGAAAUAGAAACUGUGAAACUCACCCACCAUGUUCUGAUACUCCCAACCACACACACCAAUCAAAUCAAUGCAAAUGCAAAGCAUGUCAACAACCAUGGCUUCCUUCUCUCCUCCCACCCAUUUCUCAGCCACUCCUUCCUCACACUCCAAACCCCAUCUCAUCCACAAGAACCACUUCUCCUUCACUCUCAGGCCCAAGAAUCUUCCUUUGUUACCCUUGAAGGCUUCUCCUGAAAAUGGCGUCGGAACUGCCGUGGAACCGCCGCCGGAGAAGGCUGCGCCGGAGUCUUCUCCGCCGUCGCUUGAGAACAAUUCUGUGGGAACCAAUGGGUCUGCUGUUGCUGCUGUGGCUGAGGCUGAGGCUGAGGAAGUGAAGGUUUUGAGUGGUUUUGUUGACCCAAGAUGGGUUGGAGGAACAUGGGACUUGAAGCAGUUUCAGAAAAAUGGUAGCACCGAUUGGGACGCGGUUAUUGAUGCUGAGGCUAGGAGGAGAAAAUGGCUUGAGAAUAACCCAGAAUCAUCCAGCAACAAUAACCCUGUAGUUUUUGACACCUCCAUCAUACCUUGGUGGGCAUGGAUGAAAAGGUUCCACCUCCCUGAAGCUGAACUACUCAAUGGUCGCGCUGCAAUGAUUGGAUUCUUUAUGGCAUAUUUUGUUGAUAGCUUGACAGGAGUAGGUCUAGUUGAUCAAAUGAGCAACUUCUUUUGCAAAACUCUGCUGUUCAUAGCAGUAGUGGGAGUACUUCUGAUCCGAAAGAAUGAGGACUUUGAAAAUCUUAAGAAGCUAUUUGAUGAGACUACAUUAUAUGACAAGCAAUGGCAAGCAACUUGGCAGGAUGAGAAUUCAAGCACUUCCAAAAAAGAUUAGUGGAAUUGCUGUUCUGUAGUUCUCCUUCUCAUCUGCUUCUUAAUAUAGUGCUUUAUAAUUUUGCUAGUGCAAAACAAGACAUGGAUAUGAAUUAGCAUUGUAUUUCAAUUCCUUCUGUCGUCCUAGCUCGAAAUGACCCGGAUAGUUUGUGUGUUUGCAAUGCAGAAAUUUUCUUGAGAGUCAAAUGGUUAUGUUAAUUUUCUUGUCAGUUAAUAGAAAAUUGUAAUAUUUAAUGAAUUGAUAACAAAUGUCAUGACUUUUAAUAUAAAAAAUAUAUUUUUUUUUUAAUUCUUUAAUAG